UAGAUAUAGUAAGUCUAAGGAAAGUCUGUAAUACUGUCAAUCUACAACAGUGACGAGCCGAAAUGACAGGUGUGGACAGGAGGCAAGACCAGGACCCAGGGUGACGGGAGGUGUUGAUCCUGAACAGCUGAGGUGGCCAUUAGGCGUUACAUGACCAGGAAGAAGAAAUGGCGAAGGUGUCACCGGACGUUGCGGAGGAGCUCGUCUUCCACCAGACGGAUGACCGAUUCUACCUGGAGCCGGUCAACUCCCGACAGGUGCUGGUGAUUGACCGUCUCAACCAUGACAUCACGCUGGAGGAGAACGUGGGCCAGGUGCCAUUUGGGGCCGCCCGGAGAACAGUGUAUGGCCUGGUUGGCAUCCUGCACCUCAUAGCAGGGCCGUACCUCGUCCUGGUAACCCGCCGGACCAAGGUUGGUGUGCUCAACAAACAGACGAUAUGGCGGGUGGUGGGGACGGACGCGGUGCCGUAUGCGCGCACCACGACGCACCUCACCCCAGAGCAGCGCCAGUACAAUGAGAAGUACAUUGCCAUGGUGCAGCAGGUCCUGUCCACGCCAUAUUUCUACUUCUCCUACACAUAUGACCUGACGCACACCCUCCAGAGGCUGUACUACACGGCCGAGGACUUUCUCCAGAUGGCGCUGCAUGAACGUGCCGACCCCAGGUUUGUGUGGAACCAGCACCUCCUGCGGGACCUGAGUGUGCAGCCUGAGAUGAGUGCCUUCUGCCUGCCCAUCAUGCAUGGCUUCAUCUCCAUCAAGCAGUGCAGCAUCAACGGGGAAUGGUUCACCUGGUCCGUUAUAUCGCGGCGGAGUGUCUACCGUGCCGGCACUAGGAUGUGGAUGAGGGGCAUUGACCAGGAGGGAGCCGUCGCCAACUUUGUGGAGACGGAACAGGUGGUGGAGUUCCGGGACUUCCGCACGUCAUUUGUCCAGACCCGAGGCUCCAUCCCUCUCCACUGGUCGCAGGAGCCCAACCUGAGGUACAAGCCAGACCCGCGGAUCAGGAAUGCACGCCACGAGGAGGCCUUCACACGGCACUUUGAGUCUCAGGUGCUCAACUACGGGCGACAGGUGGCCGUCAACCUCGUCAAUGGGAAGGGGCCGGAGGGGAAGCUUCACGACGCCUUCCGAAACCUGAUCGAGACCAGCGGCCGGCAGAUGAUAAAGGACAACGUGCGAUACGAGCACUUUGACUUCCACCACGAGUGCCGCAAGAUGAGGUGGGACAGGCUGAGCAUCCUCAUGGACCGCCUCGAGCAAGACCGCGAGACCAUGGGCUACUUCCUGCUGCGGGAGGGCGUGGUGCUGCUGGAGCAGGAGGGGGUCUUCCGCACCAACUGCAUAGACUGUCUGGACCGAACCAACGUGGUGCAGUCCAUGCUGGCACGCAAGCACCUCCAGUCCGUCCUGACACGCAUGGGGAUUCUCUCUGAGCGCCAGAGGAUCGAGGAUCAGCUCUCUUUUGAACUGGCCUUCAGGAACGUGUGGGCCGAUAACGCGGACGUGAUCAGCACUGAGUACUCCGGCACCGGGGCGCUGAAGACAGACUUCACGCGCACCGGGAAGCGGACGCGGCUGGGGCUGCUGAAGGACGGUUGGAACAGCGGCAUCAGGUACAUCAAAAACAACUUUGCCGACGGGGAGCGGCAGGACGGCAUGGACCUGUUCCUGGGCAAGUACCAGGUGGAGCCCGGUGAGGGGGUGACCCGGCCCUGCCCCCUCAAGAACCAGCAAGGGAACAGGAUCCUUCUGUUCCCCGGGGCAGUGUUCUUCUCCCUCCUGAUGGUGUUUGCCUGCGUCCUCCUGCCGUCAGAGUACAACUCCUUCAUCCUCCUCUCCCUCCUGUUCUGGGCGGCCAUGAUGGUGGCUGCAGCCUUCGCCACUCUCCUGCAGGGCCGGCAGCUGGUGAAUGCGCCGCGCCUGGCCACACAGAGCCUCACCCUGGCCACGGCCUGAUAGAGUGCUUCAGAGUGACGUGCGACUCCAGCCAGUGACACUGAUUUUAUUUUCCCUGCGUGUACAUACAGUGGGCUCGUUGUUCUGUAUGCAGACCACACUAUAUGCUUGUAAUUCAUGGAGGCACAUUUGUGUGUAUCCACUUCAGAAUUAUUUGUGUAAUAUAUUUUUAAAAUAUGGUAAAUUUUCCUUGUGGUUUUAUGUCAGAGGCUGUGCUGUGCCCUCUCAGUGACAAAGUGACACACUUGUGCUAUACACUCUGCCUUGUUGCCUUGACUGCCAGUGAUCCUUGAUGGCACACAAACACGCGUUGCAGACAGCAGUGUGGAAGACACCAACAACAGUGCUUUUUCACAAUUGAAUUUCAGAUUAUUAAGAUAAGAGUUCUGACAGAUAUUGAUUCACAUGUGACUGAAGAAACUGAGUUCAGAUGAUAGCUCUUGGUGCCACUAAGAUCGCAGAGCAGUAAGAUUUAUCUUGCGACUGACAUGUGUGUGAGUAUUAGAAGAAGAGUCCAUCCUUGUUCCAAAGUUUCAAUGCCCAUAAAAAAUGUUCACUGAAUACAUUUACACUAGGAGUGGAAUGAGCCACCUAGCAGUGCUGUCGUUGUGGUGUGUCACCGGCCCGGUGUGGUGGACAAGUGUGUGGUCCUUGAAGAGGUGCAGUGUACUGUAGACUGGUAACACAUACAUGUACAGUGAAGUAUAGGUACAUAGAGAUUCAGUGUUUUCACUUGUGCUAGAAUACAUUCACAAUCUCUGUGAUGUAGAUUCAGAAAGUACAUAUUCAGAAAAUAAUUUGAAUUGGUCCACACAUUGAUGUGAGGUAUUGCAGCGAACUACUAUACUAAUGGCAGGUCACUUGGGUCACUUGAUGUGUCAGCUGCACCACUCUAAUGCUUUAACACUGGUGAGAAGCAAGGACUCUAGGAUGCAAUAAUUAAUUAUGUUUCAUUAACAGUGUGUAGGCUUUGCUUGUCUUGAAUUCAGCAUUCUUCUAGAAUAUCACUGAAAGCUUGUUAGGAUUAUGGCAACACAUAAGGGGCACUUGCUCAUUCCUCAGAAAAGAAGAAAACAUUGACGUCCAGCAAGACAUUUUCUUUCACUUGAACCAGCAGGUUAGUUGUUGCUCUUCAGCACCUGAACUGCCAUUCCCUGACCAGACAUGACCACUACUCCUUUAGGUGCACAGGAGGCAAACCAGCGUGUUAGGCCGCCACCAGGAAUGGGUUGACGUAAAUACAGGGACCACUUUAGUUCAUACUUGUAUACUGAGUUACUGUUAAUGCUCUGCUGAUCUCCAAGGAUGCACAACUGACACACCUGCCCCUACAGGUCAGGUGUGUAGCCAAAAGGUCAUGGAACAAAUGCUGAAUAUGUUUAGCCUGUCAUUGAAGAUGUAUAUUACUGCCAGUCACUUUAAUAUUAAAACUCCGUGAAAAGGUUAAGCAGUUAAUACAUAUAGGUUUGUUAUGUGAAUGUUGGGUUGUAUUAUGAAAUAUUGGAAAAAAGGGGGGGUCCAUUUUAUUCAUCUCAAUUAAAACAAAAAUCUGUUACCACAAUGUUGCAGUGAUACCCCAGAGUUUGUUUCUUGUGUUCAUUAUUGGUAAUUUUGUUUUUUUCCAUGCAGACUGAUUGGGUUAUGUUUGCCUGUGUGAGUCUUCAUGUGCAACAGAUCAGUCAUUGGCAGGUCUAGUGGGCACAGUGAUUAUACCAAAUGACAGAACUGUAAACACACUACUGGCUUCAUAGUGUGUCAAGAAUGUAUGUGAUGGUGUUUGCAUCCCAACACACUGGAAUUUGUGCUCUAAAUAUGCAUUUAAAACAAGAACUUUACACAUCCCAUGAAACAGACUCUUAGCUGUUCUUUAUUCCAAACACCAAUUGACAUUUUCACUUUAAAUUAGUGUAGUGUGUGUGGUCCAGACUGAUGCCUCUGCACUCCUACAGCUGCCAACCAACCCUUCUUGUCCCUGCCAGCCAAUGUUCAAAUUGCUAAGGCCCAGGGCACACCGACUCAUGAAGGUGAUAAUUUAAAAUACACAAGUCAGGCAAGGAUCAGAAUUGUUUAAUUUAAUACUGAAAAGUAGAUCAUAACGUGCCCUCUCAUGGUCCUUAAGAAAUGCAGAGAAUAUAACUGUUUUACAUUAAUGACAUGUGAAAAGCCAAUAUUUAGCUGCUGAGGGUGUCCAUGAGGCAUUGCUUUAACUAUGCUCUGUUCAAAGACUUUUUGAAGUUUUCCAAUACAAGACUAGUGACUGGCUUGUGUGAUUUAGCUGUUGUUGAUAUGUUUGUGUUUUUAGAAGGUUUGCAGGAAGGUGGUGGUGGUGUGGGACAGAAGUAUUUGUUUUAUAAGUCAUUUAAUGGCUUAUAUUCAUGUAUUUUUGAAGUUGGGAAUUUACAUGAUUUCUAAAACUAAUAGAGUUGAGAUUCUCCAAAGUUUAUCAAUAUUUAUAAGAUUAUUAUAUUUUGUGGGAAUUAUUGACAGUUAUUCUCUACCACUGCUUUGGCAGCGUGGGGGUAAAGCAAACCCAAGCUGUUGGUGAAACUUUGCUAAAUUUUUUAAGGUAGUAAAAAUGUUUGUGAUUUUCUUGGUUAUAGAGAAGGUGGCUCAAGUAGUCUCCAGUAUUUAAUUUUUUUUUGCAGCUGUAAUUGCUAAUUUAAGUAUGAUUUGAAUGUAUGGUCUUCAAUGCCUGCCAUUACCUUGGCUGCACUGCAGUCUUUACUUCUGUCUUUGAUAAAAUGAUUCUGAAAUUUGUUUGGUGUGUCAGCCGUACACUGACACAUCUUUUAGCUGUUUGCUGUUAUGUACCUUUAUAGCGUUAUGUUAAUUUAUUACAUAUUCUUUA